UUUCACCGAAGGAAACCAUCUCGGUUUUGGUUGAUCCUUUGGUGGGGGCAGUUCCUUAUCCUUGCUAGAUUUGCUUCUAGAAUCUUUGGGAGAACCUUUCACUGUGCUAGCCUCCAUCGUCGUCAUCACAAACAAACUCCCCAUCUGCAAAUCCUACUUGGUGAUCAACCCUAGACAAAAGGAAAAUCAAUUAAGUUUAAAUGAGGAAAGGAUAAAAGGUACUGACAAAGGUGAAGGGCCUUUAAAGUGGGGCAGUCCUCUGUUCUUAGGGUUCCUAAUGAGGCGGCUUGUUCUUCCGCGAAGCUUGGAGCUUCUCAAGAAAGCGCCCACCAAUCUCUACACGCGCAAAUCGCCCUACAUCGCCACGAUCGAGUCCGUCCAUCGCCUCACCACUGGAGAAAAUGGAGGAGACACGUACCACAUUGUGAUCGACCAUGGAGGCAACGUUCCUUUCUGGGAGGGACAAUCGUACGGAAUUCUCCCGCCAGGGACGAAUCCAAAGAGACCCGGAGCUCCUCCUCCAAAUCGCUUGUACUCUCUCGCGUCAUCAAGGUAUGGCGAUGAUUUGUCCGGGAGAACCGCGAGCCUGUGCGUCAAGAGAAUCGUGAGCUAUGAUCCAAACGAUCCAAACUCGACCAUACCGGGGAUUUGUAGCAACUUCCUCUGCGACGCUCGUCCUGGAGAUCAAGUUCGCAUCGUUGGCCCGUUUGGAAGCUCGCUACUGCUCAACGAGGAAAAUCCUCGAGGAGCUCAGAUCAUGGUUGGAACUGGAACUGGAGUGGCGCCGUUUCGAGGAUUUCUUCGCCGGAUGUUCGUCGAGGAGGUGCCUUUCAAGUUUGAUGGACUGGCGUGGCUGUUCCUCGGCGUCGCCAGCUCUAAGAGUCUCUUGUAUCACGACGAGUUCGAGAGGAUCGCGAGGGACUUCCCGAGUAGCUUUCGGUAUGAUCUUGCGCUGAGUCGAGAGAUGGUGGAUCGAAGUGGAGGGAAGUUCUACGUCCAGCACAGGAUCAAGGAGAGAGGCAAGGAGGUGUUGGAGCUGCUCGAGAGUGGAGGACAUAUUUACUUUUGCGGGAGGGAGGAGAUGAUGGAGGGGAUUCAAGAGACUUUCAGGAAGCUUUGCGGGGAUUCUUGGCAUGAGAAACUCUCUGGCUGGAAAAGGAAUAAGCAGUGGCAUGUAGAUGUAUAUUGAGGAGGAGAAGAAAAACUCGGUAGCUUCAAUGCUUUGCCUGAACUUGAAAGUUACCGAAUCAAAAUUUAAUUGUUUGUUUCAAGAACGAACACUUGCUGAAAA